AAAGCAAGAAGAAAUUCGGAAGCUAUGGGCAAGGCACGCAGGCCUCCACCAGGACAGCACAGGCAUUGUGAGAGAUGCUUCAACCGUCACUGCCACAUUCCCGUGGAGCCCAAUGUCUCCUGCAUGAUGAUAAACUGCCACCUGUCCUGUGGUGCCACCUUCCACAUGUGCAAAGAGGCAGAGCAUGAGCUCCUCUGCCCUUUAGAGCAGGUUCCAUGCCUCAACUCUGAAUAUGGCUGCCCCCUUUCCAUGUCCCGCCACAAGCUGGCCAAGCACCUGCAGGUGUGUCCCGCCAGCGUGGUCUGCUGCUCCAUGGAGUGGAACCGCUGGCCAAAUGUGGACUCCGAAACACCCCUUCAUAAGAACAUCAUGAAAGAGACCCCCAGUGAGGAGUGUUUGGACACAGCCCUGGCCCUCCAGGACCAGAAGGUCCUUUUCAGAUCUUUGAAGAUGGUAGAACUUUUCCCAGAAACUAGAGAGCCCACGGAGGAGGAACCUACUAUGAAUGGUGAAGCCAGCUGGGAAGAAAUGGGAGGAGCAGUGGGUGGAGCAAAUGCUGGUUUAGUGCCACAUAGCUCCCAGUUGGCCACUAAAGAAGAGAUGGCAGAACUGAGUCAAGAAGAACUCCAGGUGUUGGCCAAAACCAAAGAAGGGAUGGACCUGGAAAAGUUUAGCAAGUGGGAAAAUAUUUUCAGCAAAGAGCAUGCAGCCUUUGCUUUAACAAACUCAUCAGCGAGCUGUGAGAACAAGAGCAGUAAUGGCCCAGGGAAAGAACAGAUUUCCAUCACCAAUAACAUGAUAGGAGAGGCCAGUGCCGAAGAGAUAGAAUCACAAGAGAACCAGAGACAGCAGGACUAUCAUGCAGCUAUGGAAACAACAGGGCUUGCCCCUUGGCAGGAUGGUGUUCUGGAGAGACUGAAAUCGGCUGUGGAUGCAAAGGACUAUAAUAUGUAUCUGGUGCACAAUGGGAGGAUGCUUAUCCACUUUGGCCAGAUGCCUGCUUGCACGCCUAAGGAGAAAGACUUUGUUUAUGGCAACCUAGAGGCUCAGGAAGUGAAGACUGUAUAUACCUUCAAAGUUCCUGUGAGCUACUGUGGGAAGCGGGCUCGUGUUGGAGAUGCCAUGUUGAGUUGUAAGCCAAGUGAACACAAGGCAGUAGACACUUCAGACUUAGGGAUCACUGUGGAGGACCUGCCCAAAUCAGAUCUCAUCAAGACCACCCUCCUGUGUGCUUUGGAAAGAGAACUCAAAGGUCACGUCAUCUCUGAAUCCAGGAGCAUUGACGGGCUAUUCAUGGAUUUUGCUACCCAGACAUACAAUUUUGAGCCAGAACAGUUUUCCUCUGGAACAGUGCUGGCUGACCUCCUAACCACUGCCAACCCAGAGGGGCUCCAUGUGGAACUCCACAGUGAGUGUGUGACCAGGAGACACAACAAGAGCAGCUCUGCCUUCACUUUCACCUGCAACAAAUUCUUCAGGAGGGAUGAAUUCCCCCUGCAUUUCAAGAAUGUCCACACAGACAUUCAGUCAUGUCUCGAUGGCUGGUUCCAGCAUCGGUGCCCCCUCGCCUACUUGGGAUGUACAUUUAUUCAAAACCAUUUCCGUCCCCCAGGGCAAAAGGCAAAAUUGAUCUAUAGUCAAGAGCUCAAGACCUUUGCCAUCAAGCCGGAGGUUGCUUCAGAGCUGAAUGAGGGAAGGAAGAACAACCAUCUCUCAGGCCCUAGAGGGAAAGGCCAGAACUCUCUAACCAGCCUGCCCUUGGAGAUUUUGCAAUACAUUGCUGGGUUCUUGGACAGCAUCAGCCUGUCCCAGCUCUCCCAGGUGUCUGUGCUGAUGAGGAAUAUCUGUGCCACUUUGUUACAAGAGAGAGGGAUGGUCCUCCUGCAAUGGAAGAAGAAGAAGUAUUCCCAUGGAGGCACCUCCUGGAGAGUCCACAAAGAGAUCUGGCAAUUCAGCAGCCUCUUCUCUAAGAUCAACAGCUGGGAAUUUAAUGAAGUCACCUCCAUGUCCGAGCACCUGAAGACAUGUCCUUUCAAUGUUGUAGAGCACAAGACUGACCCAAUUCUUUUGACCAGCAUGUGUCAGCCCCAGGAGCAGGCCCGAGAGAGCUUGGUCACCACCUUUAGAGCCAGACCACAAGGAAGACAAACCAACUAAAGAUUCAGAUACCAUCAUUCUUGAAUUUCUCCUCGGAGUUACUGAAAGUAGGACAGAGCGUGGCUUGGGGAACUUCCCUCUGUAAACUGCAUAUAGGCUUAUCUGGGUGUAUUAGAACAUGCAUUGUCCUUCGAGGUCUAAGAAUUCCCUAAGCCCUGCCUUGUACAAUUGCUAUAGUACCAUAUUGAUGACUUACUUCCUUUCCUUUUUUAUUUCUAAGAUAAAUCAGGUUGAAGAGAAAGUAGGUAACGAGGUCAUUGAGGAAGAUAAGCCCCAUUUCUUAGAAAUGAGAGAGCAAUGAAUUCCAUAACCAGUGUAGGCCUGUGCUUUUAUUGGGGAUGGGAGGUCAGUUUAUAAGCACGUUCAGAUUUGUGGGGCAGGCAAUACAGGGAUGUGGACUACGGUGCUGGUCCUCCAUGGUGAAGGGCUCACCGUUUGAAGAUUCUGGGGCUGAGGUUGUCUUGACAUUCAAGCCCAGGGCUGUUGUUAGUUGCCCCACUGCCCCUAAGCCAAGACAGUCCGAACACAGCCCUACAGAAUAGAGACCUUGGCUGAGCACAGUCGCCUUGAAGAGACCACAAACCAAAGGAUAAAAGGCAGAAAUUAGGUCAGAGAGUUUGUUGUGCAGAAUCUUGGCAACAUAUAAGAAAACCUUGAAAAAUGAAGAGCCCAUAAGACACAA